CUCUACAAACACCACCAUGAAUCACGAUCCAUACCAGUGGGGAAGACCCAGUGACCAAACGUAUGGUCAAUAUAACCACGCCAUUGCCAAUGCUAAGAACGCACCGGCCGAGCAUGACCUGUUCCCCAAAAUGAACACGCAGAAUCCCAUCAUCACCAGUACCUCCGUGUUGGGCAUCAAGUACAAAGAUGGCAUUGUCAUGGCUGCAGACAACUUGGGCUCGUACGGGUCGCUUUUGAGAUUCAACAAUAUCGAAAGAUUGAUCAAGGUGGGCAAGGAAACCGUGGUUGGUGUUUCGGGGGACAUAUCUGAUUUUCAGCAGUUACAAAGAAUAUUGGAUGAAUUGGAGACUGAACAAGAAGUCUACGACAACUUUGGAGACAAUAACUUGAGGGCUCCUCAUGUGCAUGAGUUCUUGAGUAGGGUGUUGUACAACAGAAGGUCCAAGAUGAAUCCCUUGUGGAAUUCGGUGAUAGUCGCAGGAUUCAAUGAUGAUAGAAGCCCAUUUUUGAAGUACAUUGAUAUGUUGGGAGUAACCUAUGGAGCCUCGACGUUGGCCACCGGAUUUGGCUCGUAUUUGGCGGUUCCAUUGUUGAGAAAGGUGAUUCCAGAAGAUAAGGAUUAUGUCAAUGUGUCUGAAGAAGAGGCAAAGAAAGUCAUCAUGGACAGUAUGAGAGUGUUGUUUUACCGAGAUGCCAGGUCAGCUGAGACGUUCACUUUGGUAACUUUGAACUCUGAAGGCGUUAAGUAUGACAAACAGGUCCAAGUGAGUAACCAGAGCUGGGAAUUUGCUAAAGACAUCACUGGAUAUGGAAGUAAGCAAUUGUAGUGUUAAGCGCUUUUGCAUUUACAGUUGGAAUAAUAUACAUCAAUACCUACG